AUGGCCGCCGUCACCAUGGCUGCUGUUGGUCUUGGUGCUCCCCUUGUCGCACCCAAGAGCCUGUCCUCCAAGGCUGCCUUCUCCACCACCAAGGCGUCUUGCUUCGUGAAGCAGGUGUCUGCCAAGACCGUCUGCUCCGCGGAGAAGAAGGAGGAGAACGUUACCGAGCAGGCAGGCAAGAUCGCCUCUGCCCUCGCUCUUGCUGCCGUCGUCAGCACCGGUGCCUUGGCCGUUCCCGAGGUCGCACUCGCCGAUGUCGCUGGCCUUACCCCCUGCAAGGACUCCAAGGCCUUCGCUAAGCGCCAGAAGAACUCCAUCAAGAAGCUGAAGAACCGCCUCAAGCUCUACAAGGACGGCUCCGCCCCCGCUCUGGCUCUCAAGGCCACCAUUGAGAGGACCGAGCGCCGGUUCUCUUUCUACGGCAAGUCCGGCCUGCUGUGCGGCACCGACGGUCUCCCCCACCUGAUCGUCGAUGGUGACUUCAGGCACGCGGGCGAGUUCGUGUCCCCCGGCAUCGUCUUCCUGUACAUUGCUGGCUGGAUCGGGUGGGUCGGCCGCUCUUACCUGAUCAAGACCAAGGAGGGAGCCAAGCCCACCGAGAAGGAGAUCAUCAUCGAUGUUCCCCUCGCUCUGAGCCUGCUCGGCCGUGGUGCUACCUGGCCCGUGGCUGCCUGGUCCGAGUACAGGAAGGGUGACCUGAUUGUGUCCGCUGACCAGAUCACCGUGUCCCCCCGUUAA